AAGCAGUCGAACAGAUGGAUGUACCAAUCGUGCGAAGUGCAUAUCUACAAGCGAUCUAGCAGGAGUAUUUCAAUGAAAUAUAGCCCCGAGCAUAAGACAAAGGUAUUCGUGGCCAGUGAAAAGGUCGAUAACCAGCCCUCAAACAAACGGAUGUCCCAGCCAAUCGGAUGGAUAUAACGGCCAAUCGAACGGAUAUCACGGGCAAUCGAACGGAUAUUAUGGCCAGUCGAACGGAUAUCACAAACAAUCUAGCGGACAUCACAUACAAUCGGAUGGAUAUUACGGGCAACCGAACGGACACGGCAUCCAAUCGAACAGAUAUCACAUCCAACGAAACAGAUAUCACAUCCAAUCGAACAGAUAUCCCAGCCAAUCGAACGGGUUCCCCAGCCAAUCGGCCAGAGAGAUAUCUGCAAGCAUUUAAAAAAAAGAAACAUUUUCACAAAUGUUGCAACGCAGCCCACAACCCAAUCCACACAUGCGUUCCCAGGGGCGUUGUCACCCCGUCACCACGAGCCGGCGUCUGUUUGUCGUGCAGUAUACUGCGAGGCGAGUCCUCGCGCCCUUCUCUCCUCACUGGGGCCCAGUGCUGGAGGAACGCGCACAGUGGUUAUUACCCAUCGUGGAGCAAUAUUAGCAAGCCACGCAAGCCACGCAAGCCAGCGGCUAUCGGGAAAAUUUGCUAAAACACACGUGGGCUUGGGCAGCCGCCAUGCCAUGCGCCGGGCGCACAUAUUUGACAAGCGCCUCCCGGACCCAGUCACGAAUCCGGCCGCUGCUUCGUCUGGUGGCCGGGUGGCCCCGUGCG